AUGAACACAGUUCCUUUCGGACAUGAGUUCAAAGCAAAAUAUUUCACUUACCUGGAUUCAGAAGUGACUCUACUCAACCAUGGUUCAUUUGGUACUACACCUACGAUGGUAUUAGAUGCAGCCAAGAAGAGUCUCGAAGAACAUGAGAAGUACCCUUGCAGAGAUUACUUCUUGACUUUUAUCGAAGAAUAUAAGCGUCAAUUGCAAUUAGUCGCGAAGUACCUUGAUUUGGAAUAUAAAAACUGUGCCUUUGUGACCAACGCCACUACAGGUGUUAACACUGUAUUGAGGUCAAUUCCAUUCAAUUUCAGCAAAGAUAAAAUUUUGUUCCAUUCCACCACCUAUGGGGCUUGUGCCAACACUGUGAAAUUUUUGCACGAUUACUUCGGAUUACAGUACGAUGUUAUCGAUAUCAACUACCCAUGCGGCAAUGAUGUGAUUGUGCAAGAUUUCGAAAAACGUUUGCAAACUAAAGAAUAUAAGGUGUGCCUCUUUGAUAUGAUUACUUCUCAACCUGGCGCGACAUUACCUUAUAAAGAACUAAUCCAAUUGUGUCGUAAAUAUGGGACUUGGUCUCUGGUCGAUGGUGCACAUGCUGCAGGUCAAGUUGAUUUUGCAUUUGUUAAUGAAUUGAAACCGGACUUUCUCACGACUAACCUACACAAAUGGCUUUCUUGCCCUAAAUCUGUCGCGUUGUUAUAUGUUGAUCCAAAACAUCAUGUUAUGAUUCAGACCAUCCCCAUAUCUCAUAACUAUACAGCUCCUGCAUGCCAAUAUGUUGAGGGUGACGAUGGACAUAAUUCUAACAUCCUUGUUAACAAAUUUGCCUUUAUCGGCACCGUUUCGUACUCGUCCUAUUUUGCUGUGGAGGAAGCAUUGAAAUUCCGUAAGGACAUAUGCGGCGGUGAAGAAAAGAUUCGAGAAUAUCAAUGGGAUUUGCAAGAAGCUGCUAUUCCAAAGAUUUUGGAGGUUUUUGGCCAAGGAUCUGUUCUACUUGAAAACUCGACUAAUUCUUUACGUUCACCCGGAUUAUUCUGUAUAGAAUUACCGAUUAAAUCGGAAUGUCAACAUCUCAUUGAAAAGAUGAGUACUGAUAGAAUUUAUUUCCUAAACUUUAAGAGUAAAUGUGAUAAGAUCAUGCUCGCAGAGUAUAAAUGUUAUGCGCCAUUCCAAAUUAACAACAGUCACUUGUUUAUUAGAUUUUCUGUUCAGGUUUUCAACGAACCUAGUGACUAUGAAAAAGGUGCUACCAUUAUCAAAGACAUCAUUUACGGAGUUUUGGAGGAAGAGGCAAAUAAUACCAAACGCGAUGAAGUGAACAGUCGCUUAGAUUCGUUGUUAAUUUGA